UAUAAUUCCUCAAUUAUGUACGAACUACUGUCAUUGGUCACAUGAUCAAAACAUGGCGACUUCCAUAGAACGAAUUCUUGGUUCGGAGCAAUACAGACCACUUUUAGCAAUAAUUAAAGGCUUACGAAAUGGAGCUGUGUAUGGGACGAAGGUCAGGUUUCCACAUGCUCUGGUUAUGACGUUGCUGUUUAAAGAUGGAAGCACACAAGACAAAGUUUGGUCUAUACUGGAGGCAACAUUUACUCAUUCCAAAAACCUUGCUUUGUUUGUACUUCUCUACAAGAGUCUGACCUCCCUGAUGGAGCAUGUGCAGUCCGAAAAAUCACAGCUUCACAGCUUCGUGGCGGCCUUCAUAGGGGGCUACAUUGUGUUUGGCAAAUACAACAAAGUCAAUGAACAGAUAAACCUGUACCUUCUGUCUCGUAUUAUUUACGGGCUUGCCAAGCUAGCUGUGAAAAGAGGCUACAUCCCAAAGCCAGCUGGAGACCCGUUUCCAUGGUUUGCAGCCUUCGUCUGGGGCAUCGUGUUGUGGCAGUUUGAAUAUGAGAAGGACACCUUGCAGCCUUCCCUGCAGUCCUCCAUGACCUACCUAUACCAUGACAGCAACGUCUGGACAAACUUGAAGAACUUUAUAUGGCACAAUAGAUAAUUGUAUUGUGCCCACAUAUGCGUAUACCUGUGAUUGAAGUUUAAAGUAUGUAACAAAUGUUGGAACCUAUUAAUAGGUGUGUCCAGUUUUUGUUUUUAACAUUUUUUAAAUUUUGGCAAGGAUAAAUUUUUAUUCAUCCAUUAAGCAAGCUUUAUGAAUAUUGUACAUUAAAUGUGACAUCCCAAGUAUUGUUAAUGUAUAAAGCACUACAUAACGGUGCUUUUGAUUUUAUUUUUGAAAAAAAAACUUAUUUUGUUUUGAGUCAGUUCCUAGCAAAAUAAAUGUGAUCAUUUUAUGUUUUCCAAGUACUGUUUGAACUCACUUUGCAAAGUCAAAGUUUUUCGUUAAAGCUUUGCUGUGUCAGUUCAUUGUGGAACCUCUGUUUAGUUUUUUUUUUCAGAUCAGAUCUUAUGCUAUUUUUUUUUUAGUUUUACACGUAUGUUGUAGAAAUGUUUUAGUCUGAUAUGCCUAUGUGCAUAUUACACUGGAUUAGAUAUCCAGUUCACGAAAUAGAAAGCUAACAUGAAAUUCGAAAAUUUAACAAGUGGCAAGCUUUUUUUUGUUUGACAUACCAAAUGUCUUUGUCAACAUUCUUGUCCCAGGAUAAUGUGGGACAUGUUCCAAUGAAUAUUUCCUGAUUAUAAUCAGUACAACACUAUAUAGUACAUGUUUUUAAGUCGUUACAUAAUCGUUCAAUAUUCUAUUAAAUGUAGAAGAAG